ACUUUACACUGACUACAAAAAAUGACUUUCUUAUGUGCUUGUUGAAAAGUCGCAAAAAUAACACACACUUCAACUAACCAGAGCAGUGUGUCUAAAUCACUAAACAUAACAGACUGCUGAGCAUCUACACACACACACACACACACAGUUUCUGCAGCUGGAUAAACGUGAGCACUUUCUCCGGCAGGCCGCGAGCAGAAAGCGGCCGUUGAGUGAAGCGUGAGGAAUUUGGAGUGUAAAUGCUGUCUUUGAGAGCAGGAAUGUGUGUAGAGCAGCUUCCCGCCAGAGCCACAGGUCUGACCUCACUCUCAGUCCGCUGUUCCACAGAGAAACACUGACCAGGUUUGUGUUAUAGAGCUUUGUGUUAUUCUGGUGGACAUUGUGUGUUAUUUUGUGAAGGCGGUGUAUCAUGAAGCUGAUUGUGGUGUUUUCCGUCCUGCUGUUCUGCAUACUGCUCCUUCAGCUCGUAACGAGCCAAAAGGAGCCGAAGCCAGCAGGAGAUAAGAAGCUGAAAGAGAAGGUGAAGGUGAAGGUGAAGACAGAGGCUGAGAAGAAGAACAAAAUCACGUCAGUUAAAACGAAAGUCCCGCCCCCAGCCAAGCCCCCGAGUCCCACAGCAGCUCCACCGUACCUGACUCGAGUAGUGGGGAAGGGCAAGUUUGAGAAGGUGGGCAAGACGUUGUCAGUCCCUGCAGGAGACACCCUGGAGCUGAGGUGUAAAGGCAGUCGUGUGCAGUGGGACAUCCCGACUUACCUGCAGGAGGACGACGAGGGACGACUCAGGACGGUGCAGCACGAGCGAUACGGCGUUCUGAUUUUAGUCAAUUCAUCAGGGGCUGAUACAGGAGAGUACACCUGCUACCCUCUGUACUGCGAGGAUUCAGACUGCAGGAAAGAGUAUGAUAAAGCCCUCAAAGUCUUCAUCUUCUUCCCUGACCCUCAGGAGCUCUUCGUGCCAUCGUCGGAUUAUUAUGAGGUUAUCCAGCUCAGAAGUAACUGGCCCACAGUGUUGCCGUGUCAGGUCACGACCCCACAGGCCAAAGUUACCUUGCACCGUGAGUUCCCACCUGUGGAGGUGAAGGUGGACGGAUCCGAGAUCUCGUACGAUGUGACACGGGGCUUCACCAUCCACAGGCCCAAAGCACAUCACGCUGGCUCUCUGUACUGUGUGGCCAGCGUGGGGAACCUGCGGCAGAGCUCCAUCAAGUACAUGCUCAUCUAUGUCCACUACCCGGCUGCUCCUCCUGUCCCCGUGAUCCAGGCCACAUCUUCCUCAGUGGUUGUGGGUGUGAACCUGCAGCUGUCCUGCACUGUGGUCGGGGAACAGGACGUGGCAGUGGACUUCACCUGGGAGUAUCCUGGACAAAAGAUCGGCCGGCCUCUCUACACACAGGAGACCACGCAGAUGGUGCAGGUGGACGGACGCAGUCUGCAGCGCUCGCAGUCCGUCCUGCAGGUGGAUGAAGUGAGGGAGGUGGACGAGGGAACCUACACCUGCACUGCUCAGAACCUGCAGGGUUCGCGCUCCAUCUCCACCAACGUCAAAGUGCAGAAGAAAAACAACUCCAACAAACCACACACAACCUGAGACUCAUCAUUCAUCAUUCAUCAUUCACAGGACAAAAUGACAGGAGUCUAAAUUCCUAAAUUUUUCAGUGUGAUGUAUUUCCUCCUCACUACAGCACGCACUUCCGUCAUGUUCAGUGUUUUGUCUGACUCCAUCUACCGAGCCGUUUCUGUUGCUAAGCAACCAGGGGUAACAUUCUAUCAGUGCAUCAUUUUACUCUGUACACAUUCAGCACCAUGAUGUGGAGUUAACAGUGUAAAAGCCGCUGAUCCUGAUUCAGAGCAGAGUUUCAGAAACCUUGGGAAAAGCCAUAGUUCACAGUCCCUGCUUCUACAAUACACAUAUAACCCCGGGCGUUAAAAACAAAGUUUAGAAUGACAGGAAUAAGCAGCGGUUAAGAGACCUUUUGAUUGACAGGAGAGGUAGAGAUUAAGCACCUCCCACUCACAGACUACAGGCAGUUUUGCUCCAUGUGAUCGUCCAAAAGCUUUUCAUGUUCCUCCACUUUCCUUUUAACAUUUUUAAAAGGCAUAAAUCUUUAUGUUAGAUAGUCAUCAAAAUAAAAAUUCUAUAAUUAAGGACACCAUGUUUUACAUGGUAACAUUUCUGGUAGACAUGCCUCUGAAAAGUAGCGCAGAAAAUAUUUGUUUAACCAAGAAUUCUGUUAUUAUGUUUUUACUUCUACUUUGCGCUUUAGCACUGAGGAUUAAUUUCUUAAUUUCUGUUUUUCCCUUUUAUUGUCCUUCAAUUCUAUUGUUUCUGAUUAGUAGGUGACAUGAAGUUACAGUAUGUUGCUGGUGUUACUAUCCAGAUGCUGUUCAUGAUAACUGUAUAAAAGCUUUCCACCAGCAGGGGGAGACAUUUUACCGCUGCGUUUUCUGCUUCUGUUUCUGCAUCUAAAACGAAGUUAAAAGCAAAGUUUUGUACUCACACACGUCAGUUCCUCAAGGAUUCUUGAAAUUCUAGUUUCAUAAAGUAGAUCUAGCUGAUAUUUUUCCCUGAAAGAGAAGCCAAAGUAGCCUUAAGCCUAAACCGUUUUAUUUGAUUAUAUUUUCCGGUAUGUAGGUGUUUUUUGUCUAAAAUAAGUAUACGUUGUAAAGAAGAAUGAACAUUUUUUCUUUCCUCAUAGUUCCAAGAUAAAAUGUUUUGUUUAUUUGUUUGUUUGUUUUUGUUUUGUCUGCUCUCUGCUAACUGUAUAAAAGCUUUCCACCAGCAGGGGGAGACAUUUUACCACUGCAGUUACCGUUUCUGUUUCUUCAUCUAGAACAAAGUUAAAACUAAGUUUUGUACUCACACACAUCAGUUCCUCGAGGAUUCUUUAAAGUUCUAGAUUCAUAAAGAAGACCUAGCUGAUAUUUUUUCCCCUGAAAGGGAACCCAAAGAAGCCUUAAGCCUAAACCGUGGCAUUUGUUUUUAUGUUAUUUUAAGUGUGUAGGUAUUUUUGUCUAAAAUAAGCAUCUUUCAAUAAUCUAUAAUUAAAACUGAAAAGCUAUUAAUUAAAUAUUCUUAUUCUCCUCAGCCUUUGUGCGGCUUGUUUAUCUGGUCUUAAAAACAGGACAAAAGCUGAUCAUCUUAUUACAAAGCACGGUUGAAUUCUUGUCUCUGAUUGGUCAGAAGGUGCUGAUUAGUUUUCUAUAACAGCAGCUCAUUUCAUUUUUAUAGUAUUAUUUUUAGUUUAUUAACAACUCAUACACAGGGACUUGAAAUUUUCUAUGAGGUGAUUAUAGAAGGAGUCUCCAGUGUCAGAGCUGUGUAACAGUUAGAUGUAAAGCUGUAGCUUCAAAUAAAGUCUUGGUAACAGCUGAAUUUGUUGGACAAACAACCGGACUUGUCUAAGAGAGAACAACUCUCUUACAACAUAAAUGAUAAGAGGAAUUCAUUUGUUUCACAAUGGUCCCAUAACACUAACUGUGACUGUAUAUAUUUUAGGUAUG